AUGGCCUACAUGGUGGGUUGUCUCCUCACCUGCUUCAUGGCGAACAGAGGCUACAAGGUGAAACUCUUUGAAAUGAGGCCAGAUAUACGAACACAAGCGGUGGAGCAUGGCCGUAGCAUCAAGAUGACCCUGUCUCAAAGAGGUCGAGAGGCGUUGACGUGUGGUCUGGACGAGGCCAUCGUCGAGCACGGAGUUGAAGUCUAUGGUCGCAUGGUCCACGAUCUGGAUGGCAGACGGAGACCCAUCCCUUAUGGCAAAGGGGAUCAGCAUAUCCUUUCAGUGGACAGACACCAGCUCAAUGUACUGCUGUUGAAUGCAGUAGAGAAGCACUCAAACGUGACCACCUACUUCCGCCACAAACUUCACAAAUGUAAAUUUGAAACUGGAGAGAUUGUGCUUGUCAAAGACGGAGGGGAAGAAGUACACAGAAAAGUCGACCUGAUCGUUGGAAGUGACGGAGCCCACUCCAGGGUUCGACAACAGAUGAUGAAGUCUGUGAAGUCGGUCCGUUUGGACUUUCAGCAAGAGUUCAUUCCCCACGGGUACAUAGAACUCACGAUCCCUCUUACCAAGAACGGUGAUUUUGCUAUGGAAGCGAAUUAUCUUCACUUGUGGCCAAGAAACGAGUUCAUGAUGAUCGCCUUACCCAGAGACAAGUCCUUCACUGCCACACUCUUCCUGCCGUUCGAGAUGUUCGCAGCCAUCAAGACAGAAGAUCAUCUGGUGACAUUUUUCCGCAGGAACUUUCCAGAUUCUCUGCCUUUGCUAGGAGAGGAAAAUUUGAAGAGGACCUUCACUACAAUGAAACCCUUCUCGAUGGUUUCUGUCAAGUGCUCACCAUACCAUGUCGGAGACAAUGUAGUCCUCAUAGGAGAUGCUGCCCAUGCCAUGGUGCCUUUCUAUGGUCAGGGCAUGAACUGUGGAUUUGAAGACUGUCUGGUGCUGUCUGACAUUCUUGACAAGUACAAUGAUUUCUCACAAGCCCUGCCUGAAUACACAAAGUACAGAAAUCCAGAUGCCAAAGCCAUUUGCGACCUUGCCAUGUACAACUACACAGAGUUGAGUGCCUAUGUCAACACAAAGUCAUUUCGGUUGCGGAAGAUGCUUGACAGAAUCUUGAACACUUUGUUUCCAAACACCUGGAUUCCUCUGUAUACUAUGGUGACUUUCACACGCACGCGCUAUCAUGAGUGUGUGGCUCACCGUGCCUGGCAGGACAAGGUAUUACGGACCUUGGUCACCACAGCCAGCUUCACUGUCCUGACUGGACUUGUGUGGCCCUCUGGACUCUCUAGCCGACUGCCUGACAUGGUGGGACCUGCCCUCUACACCUGCUAACAUUCUGUGGAAGUGGUCCACUGGUGCUCAACUGUACAUGGACCCAUUGACAUGCACGAACCACAGACUGCAAGUCUUUGUCUGAACUUAUUCUGAGUCUCUCUGAGACUAACAGAGCAGUCUCCUAAAACUAUAUUAUCAUGUCUAAAUAUUCGUACGAAUACUGUCACUCUGAUUCUCUGUCCAAACCUAAAGCACAUCUUUUCCGAAUGAUGACUUCACUGUGACCCUGUCCUGACCCUGAGCGUGCAUCACGUGAUUCUGUAAUUUACUUUGAGUGUGAGUGAGUGCAUGUUGUAGAAGUGAGCCAAUCUGUAACAUGCAAAGAUGGGUGCGUGGUUUCUGAGGAUUUAGUCUAUGUAUGAUUUAUGUAAAAUAUUCUGAGCAAAUCUUUGGAAAGGCGCUUUAUAA